GCGCCCCUUCCGGUUUCGCUGCUGGCAGCCCAGUCCAUCUGUCCCAGGGCCGGAAGUGAGGUCUUACGUGUUCUUCCCUGCCCCAAGAUGGCAACAGCCGAAGACGAGUUACUGCUGCCGCGGCUCCCCGAGCUGUUUGAAACCAGCAAGCAGCUUCUGGACGAAGUGGAAGUCGCGACUGAACCCACCGGCUCCCGGAUCAUCCAAGAUAAGGUGUUCAAGGGACUGGACCUCCUGAAGAAGGCUGCCGAAAUGUUAUUGGAGCUCGACUUGUUCAGCCGAAAUGAAGAUCUGGAAGAGAUUGCUUCCACCGAUCUGAAGUACCUGAUGGUGCCAGCAUUUCAAGGAGCAUUCACCAUGAAACAGGUCAACCCCAGCAAGCGUCUAGAUCAUUUGCAGUGGGCUCGAGAACACUUUUUAAACUACUUAACUCAGUGCCAAUACUAUCAUGUGGCAGAGUUUGAGCUGCCCAAAACCAAGACCAACUCUGCUGAAAAUAACACUGCUGAUUCCUCCAUGGCCUAUCCUAGCCUCGGUGCUAUGGCAUCUCAGAGACAGGCUAAAAUAGAGAGAUACAAACAGAAGAAGGAGGUGGAGCAUAGGUUGUCUGCACUGAAAUCUGCUGUGGAAAGUGGUCAAGCAGAUGAUGAGUGUGUUCGUGAAUAUUACCUCCUUCACCUUCGAAGGUGGAUUGGUAUCAGCUUAGAAGAGAUUGAGAGCAUUGACCAGGAGAUAAAGAUCUUGAGAGGAAAAGACUCUUCAAAAGAGGCAUCAACUUCUCACUCAUCUCGUCAGGACAGGCCUCCAAUGAAACCGUUUGUUCUCACUCGGAACAUGGCCAAAGCCAAAGUAUUUGGAGCUGGUUAUCCAAGUCUGGCAUCUAUGACAGUGAAUGACUGGUAUGAACAGCAUCGGAAAUUUGGAGCAUUACCUGAUCAGGGUAUAGCCAAGAAAACAUCAGGAACUGAAAGAAUUUCUGGACAGAAAAUCAGUAAGGACAUAAAAGAUCUGGAGAAAACUCGCAGCCACCUUAACCUGUUUGACAUUUAUAGAAAACUAUUUCCAAUAGCUGCAAAAUACACCUUUUUUCAAAUGCACAUGCAAAACUAAGUGACAGUGUAUCUCCAUGAAACUCAAAAUAAAAACAGGUAAGGGAAAAUCAUUCAUAGCCACAAGAUCAACAAGGAAUGGACAUCUGUGUAGGAGAAAGCAGAAGGAGUUGACAGACCAUGUGAAAGACCUGACAAACAGGAGAAUUCCAAAACAGCAAACAGGUAUUCACUAAAAAGCGUGGCAUUCUGACAAGUGUGAGGUGGUAUCUCAUUGCAUUUGAGGUGGUUUUGAUUUACAUUUCCCUUAUGAUUUGUGAUGUUGAGUACCUUUUCAUGUGCCUGUUGGCCAUCUCUGUGUCUUCUUUGGAAAAAAGGUCUAUUCAGGUCUUCUGCCCAUUUCUUAUUCAGAUUGUUUGUACUGAGUUGUAUGAGUUCUUUAUAUAUUUUGGAUAUUAACCCCUUAACAGACAUAUUAUUUGCAAAUAUCUUCUCCCAUUCAGUUAAGUUGCCUUUUUGUUUUGCUGAUGGUUCCCUUUGCUGUGCAAAAGUUUUUUAGCUUCAUAUGGUUCCAUUUGUUUAUUUUUGGUUUUGUUGCCAUUGCCUGAGGAGACAGAUCAAAAAAAAUAUUGCUAAGGCCAGUUUCAAAGAGCAUACUGCCUGUGUUUUCUUCUAGAUGUUUUAUGGUUUCAGGUCUUACAUUUAAGUCUUUAAUUCAUUUUGUGUUUAUUUUUGCAAAUGAUGUGAGAAAAUGGUCUAGUUUCAUUCUUUUACUUGUAGCUAUCCAAUUUUCCCAACACCACUAAGCUAUAAAAAAGAAUGAAAUCUUGCAAUCUGUGACAACAUGGAUGGACCUGGAGGGUAUUAUGCUAAGUGAAUAAGUCAGACAGAGAAAGAUAAGACAAAUGAGUCCUAAAAAAUCCAGAAACAGACUCAUAGAUACAGAGAACAAACUAGUGGUUGAGAGGAUGGGUGAAAUAAGUGAAGGGGAUUAAGAGAUACAAAUUACCAGUUAUAAAAUAAAUAAGUCACAGGGAUGUAAUGCACAACACAGGGAAUAUAGUCAAUAAUAUUAUAAUAACUUUGUAUGGCACAUAAUUGAUACAAAUAUAGAAUCACUAUGUUGUACAUCUGAAACAAAUAUUAUAUUGUAAGUCAACUAUACUUCAAUUAAACAUUUUUAAUGAAAAAAAUAAGUGUGGCAGUUCAGUUUAAGAACAUUAGUUGAAAUGGGAGGGGUUUUGCCCUCCAAUAAAAACUGAAUGAAUACAAAGAACCUGUGGUCAGAAGGUCUGAAAGGGAUGGAGCAGGCUAACCCUUAAUGAACUCUUGAAAAUGAGCCACCAGAUCUCCCUACUCAUACACGGUCCCACACUGAGGAGAAAUUGCUGAGAAUAGAAUUCAAAUUGAGCUGAACAGGGACAAUAAAGAAUAAGGAAAGAAAAGGUCUAGAUAAGAAUGGGAGAGAGGACCAGAACCAAGAACUCUAAUCAAGCAAGUCAUCGUAUUCCUUUAACAUACAUAAAAACAGCAGAAAGGGAGCCUCUGUGAAGUUAGAAAAGCCACCCUGAACCAUACUUCUUUCUAAAAGUUCAGGAAAGCUUAGUACACAUAAGAAUGAGCAACAGAUUGUGAUGAUGGUUGCACAGUUGUGAAUAUACUAAAAACCACUGAAUUGUACAUUUUAAAUGGGUGAAUUUUAUGGUAUGUGAAAAAUAUCUCAAUAAAGCUGUGAGAAAAAUGAAUGGAAAAUUAAUCAAGGUCAGAUCCCACACAAAAUUAUUAUAAGGAGAAAAAGGAGAGAAUCAAAAGCAUUCCAUGUUGCUUAUCUAUUUUAUGUAUAGUAGUUUGUAUCUGUUAAUCCCAUACUCCUAAUCC